CUCUCUCCCAGACUCGCAGAAUACCUCGAGAAGUGACCAAGACAGCGGCGUUGGGGAAUAGUCUAAUUAAUUUUUUAAAAUUCUAUAAAAAAAAAAACUAAAAAUGUUGAAGCAAGCUACUAAACAAUUGGCAAUCCAAUCCAUGAGGAGUUUCUCCACCAGCAGGCAGAACAAUUACAAAGUUACUGUCUGCGGUGCCUCUGGUGGUAUUGGUCAACCAUUGUCAUUGCUUUUGAAACAAAAUCCUUUGGUCUCUUCUCUGGCUCUCUACGAUAUUGUACACACUCCCGGUGUAGCUGCCGAUUUAUCUCACAUUGACACCAAGAGCAGCACCAAAGGUUUCAUUGGUGCCGACCAAUUGGCCGCUUCCUUGAAAGGUGCCGAUGUUGUUGUUAUUCCCGCUGGUGUGCCACGCAAACCUGGCAUGACCCGUGAUGAUCUCUUCAAUGUCAAUGCUGGUAUUAUUAAGGACAUUGCCUCAUGCAUUGCCACACAAUGCCCCAAGGCUAUGGUAGCUAUUAUCACCAAUCCAGUCAACACCUGUGUUCCCAUUGCCGCUGAAAUCUUGAAAAAGGCCGGCGUCUAUGAUCCCAAGCGUUUGUUUGGUGUCUCCACUUUGGAUGUUGUACGUGCUCGCGCUUUCAUUGGUGAAGCUUUGAACGUUGAUCCACAACAAGUACAAAUUCCCGUUAUUGGUGGACACUCUGGCGUUACCAUUAUGCCCAUCUUGUCCCAAUGCCAACCCACAUUCAAGGGCAGCCAAGACACCAUCGAUAAAUUGACCAAACGCAUUCAAGAAGCCGGUACUGAGGUUGUGAAAGCCAAGGCUGGUGCUGGUUCCGCCACUUUGUCAAUGGCUUAUGCUGGCGCCCGUUUCGCUGGCUCUUUGCUCAAGGGCUUGGAUGGCCAAAAGAAUGUUGUUGAAUGCUCUUAUGUGCAAUCCAAUGUCACCGAAGCCACCUUCUUUGCCACCCCCUUGGUAUUGGGCAAGAGUGGCAUUCAAGAAAAUUUGGGCUUGCCCAAAUUGAAUGACUACGAGAAGAAAUUGUUGGAAGCUGCCAUUCCUGAACUUAAGAAGAAUAUCCAAAAGGGUGUUGAUUUCGCCAAUGCUUAAGGCGUUCUUGAACAUUCUUAAGGCAUAUAAUCUUAAUCUAUUUCUACCACCUAUCACUUUCCAAAUCGUUGCAUUGUUUUGUACAAAAUUGAAGACUGUUGGCCAAGUGGUGUGUCAACGUUAAUGAUUUUGUUUAUUGGCAGGAAAAAAAAAUAGAAUUUAGAAUAAUUUAUAAAAUAUCUUUUAGAAGAAUUCCGUUAUGGCAUAAAGUGAACAUACAUCAUUAUUUCCAAAGAUAUUACAAAAAUCUCUUUUUCAGGAGGUGUAUUCGAAAUAAACACAUUCUGUGGGAUUUAAAUCAAA